GUAACUUCUCUUGACAGUAAAUAGUUGAGGGGGAAUGAGCGUAGCGGACCUUCUCCUACCGGGUCAACCCCUACCGGCCAAUCUAACACAACCACCUGUACCUCAAUGUGGUCCUGGAUGUUACCAACACAACGGUAGGAUAUUGGCCAAUAUCAUCGGUCGACCAAGGCGUGACGGAGCUAUGAUCAGUGUUGUGGGAAAACAAGAUGCCGCUGUUCCUGAUGUUGAUGCUAUCGUCAUCGGAACGGUAUCCCGAGUAACACCACAACAAGCUAUCAUCAAUAUCGAUGUGGUCGAUAAUCGACCGGUGCCAGAGACGAGUGAAGCUUUCACUGGUGUGGUCCGAUUGGCAGAUAUCAGGUUGACGGAGAGGGAUAAGAUAAGAAUGGGAGAAUGUUUCAGGUUAGGGGACGUGGUCAAAGCUAAAGUGCUGUCUUUAGGCGAUGCGAGAAGUUAUUAUCUCUCCACUGCGGCCAAUGAGCUUGGUGUGGUAUAUGCUACUUCUGAAUCUGGGAAUGCGAUGGUUCCAGUUUCCUAUCAAGAUAUGGAAGAUACGAUCACGGGGAAGACUGAGAGAAGAAAGGUCGCUAAACCUGAUGGGAUAUGAUCUUCCCCAACUAUACUCAUCCUGGAGGAUAUUCCAUUAAAAAUUAUGGUUGCUCAUCGACGAUUAUCGAAGAAAGACAUCCUCCAUACCGAACACGAGUGGCGAAUGGCGAGCCUUGCCAGCUUCCAAAUGAAGGACUGUCCCUCGCAUCUUCACUCAUUAGGGUACACCAGUAUCACCUGUACAUGUACAUGAUCCACAGUUAGACAUCCCAUGAUAUCAAACACAUGCAUUGCAUACA